AUUAGGCAACUUCCGCACAUUCAACGUUUGGUUAAGACGCGUCAGCAAGAAAGUGAUCUUCUUCAAAAAAGUAACUACAAUAUAGCGAUAUCUUUGAAAGUAUAAUCAACACAAAUGGCUGCUCAAGUUCCAACAAAAAUUGUACUGAAAAGUACGACCAAGAUGUCAUUAAAUGAUCGCUUCACACACAUCCAGAAGACUCGACCGCAGCCAACAGUACAGAAUAUUAGAGGAAAUAUGAUGAAUCAACAGCAGACAGCGAUACGCAAUCAGAGACAGAAUCAACAAAAUUUGAACAGACCAGGAUUACAACAACCGCAACAACAACAGGCUGCAGGCAAACUUAAACAGAGAAGUUUGAAACAACGAUUAGGUUCUAGUAAUAUAAAGGCCAGGUUAAACUUUUCUGCUGUACGUGGAAGAGGUGGACAGAGAGGCAAUAUACAGAAUCAGGGUAACUUCAGAGGUCAAAUUCGAGGGAACAGAAGAGGUGGUCGACAGCCUCAACGUGGAUUUGGCAGAGGUCGAGGAGGUAGCGAUGCAGGUGGUGGAUUCGUCAACAGACAACAAUCAAUGGGCUCUGUAGACAGUAAUGAAAUUUCAGGUCGUAGAGGUGGAUUUGGUAAUCCAAGGUUUAACAGCCAAAGGCGUGGAUCCAGAGGUAGGGGAAGAGGUUCAUUCCGAGGACGAGGAUCAUUUAACAAUGGCAGUAGCAGGGGUCGUGGAUUUGGUCAGAUGUCUAAUAGGGGUCGAGGCUUUGGAGCAUUCGGUCAAUCGUCAGGCAGAGGACGUGGCCGAGGUGAUCAAUCCAGGAGACGUUAUUUGGAUAAUAGGAAUUUUAAUGACCAAGGACGUGGUGGAGGCCGUGGUAGAAGGGGUGUUAGAGGUCAAAGGGGUGGUGGUAGAGGUCAGCGAGGAGGAGGAGGAAGAGGCCGUGGACGAGGUCAGGGUGCUCAACCAACUGCUGAAGAAUUAGAUAACCAACUAGAUGCAUACAUGUCAAAAACCAAAUCUCAUUUGGAUACCGAACUUGAUCAAUAUAUGGCUGAUGCCACGAGUUAAAUUACUGUCCAUUUUUACAUCUCAUUAAAUAUCCAUUAGCCAUCUACACAGAGUGGUUUGUAGAAACUAAAACCUAUACAGUUGUCAUUUAUACUUGUAUAUAAUAAUGGUGUUAUACAGAACAUUAUAGCACUGAUGUUUUAAUGAUUUUAAUUUUUGUAAAUAAUCACCAGUAAACGGUAUUUUAUUUAAUAAGUAUCCAGGGAUACAUGUAUUUUUGUGCUCGUCAUUUUAUAUGGUUUACGUUUUCGCCAUGCAAUGAACAGUUAUAAAUUGUUCAAAUCUGCCAUUUUAUACUCUAUUACUGCAUUUUAAUCAUUAUUAUCAUAAAGUAUGUUCGAUUCAUUUUGUAGAAAAAUCAUUCCUAACUAUAUUACUCUAAAAUCUAGUGUACAGAAGUUUAUUGGUCAUCACUGAAUAAAAUGUAUCGAAUUCUA